AUGGACGACCUUCACCAUGCACUUUUACGGAUCCUGAUGGCCCAGAUCCUUAAGGCUUCUGGGUUUGACAAGUGCAAGCCGACAACGCUAAAUACAAUCACCGAUCUUUAUAUCCAUUUUUUAAAACUUUUACUUCAAAAUUGCUUAAAAUAUCAAAGUCAACGUCAUGGUACUCGAAUGGAUAUUCGUGAUAUUACAAGAGCCAUGCUAGAUGUGGGACUUUUAAAACCAAAUAGCUUCGAGGGGUGGUUGGAUGUGUCAGAUGUCCCUCGGUAUGCAUACGUUCAAGACCCCGGAUCUAACUUGCAUAAAAAUUAUCAUCCUAAAUCGGCACAAUCAUUUCGCGAUUGGGUCAAAUAUAGUGACCAAUUCCGGGUAUCACGCCAGUUGGCCGAGGUGCCGCGUGAGUUGGCCCAGAACCUUUUGGAGCGCCGGAAAUUGGAUACGUCGACCGAGUCGGAACAAGAACGUAAACGCCGCCGGUUGCGUGAACGACAGGAAUAUUACAAUCAUUUCAAUAUGCAUGAAGACAUUAAUGAUGAUGAUGUCGCCGAUGCAAUGGAUGUAAAUGUGUCGUGGCUCGAAUAUUUGGCCGAAAAAGAUUUGAAGUUUGGCCACGACCAAACUUAUGCCAAUACUGUUUUGGAACGUCAUGUAAGAUCCGGGGGUUCCGACCUGCGACAUUCCAAUCAUUAUUUGGUUGCCAAUGAUGACGUAGAGGUUCCUGAACAUGUUCAGGCAUGUUUACCGUACAAUAGAGAACGUAUAGAGUUGUAUGGGAUAGAUAAGUGA